CGGACCCGGCCGCGUGCCAUUGAGACCCGCGGGGCUGGCGCCGUCGGGCGUGCGUGCGUGACCUGACUUCCGACGGCAGCCGCGGACGCCAGAGCUGCUCCCUGGGCUCGCCCUAAGCCUCUCCAGGAGGAUCUGCCUGGAGACCACAACUCCGCCGAGUGUUUCUUUUCCCUGCAUUUUUAGUGAUUCCCUCCUGUUGGUGCGUUUGUAACAUCAUGAUGAUGAAUGAUGUUAGAAGACAAGCUCAAGCUUGUCCUCCAAAGAUAACGGUCUUUCUGAUUUUGGGUUUGUAGUAAGAGCCAUACAAUUUGCAAUUGCAAGUUUGUUAUUACACUUAGUUACCCAAGGGUAGUUUUAAGCAUUUUUAUUCAUAUGAAUAUUUUAACAUAAGUGUGUGUUCAAAUAUACAGAAUCUUUCUUAUAUUCCGUAUUUUUAACAUUUAUUCACAAUACCUUUUAAUAGUGUUUAAAGAAUGGCACUGCAGAGAUACUGUUGUCAGACUUGUGAGGUGAGCACAUGUCCGUAUUGCCAGUUUCCCUUUCGUUUAUCAAAUCAGUAAGCACCCUGCCUUUUGUUUAAUUGUACUUUAGGUUCUGGGGUACAUGUGCAGAUCAUGCAGGAUUGUUGCAUAGGUACACACAUGGCAAGGUGGUUUGCUGCCUCCAUCCCCCCAUCACCUGUAUCUGGUGUUUUCUCCCCUCAUUAUCCCUCCCCACCCUCCUACCCCAUGUAUUUGAGCUCCAGGUUUGCACAGAAGUUCCUUUUCAGGAAUUCCUAACUAAGAAAGAGUAUCAGACACGUUCUUAGAGUUCUGAACAUAAAUAUUGCACUGAGCUUAUGUACUGGGAUGUUUCUGUGGUGAAAGCGCCUCCCUAUUUCAUUUCUUUGAAACAAGAUUCUGUUCAGUAUGCAUUAAGUCUGGUCGUUUUUUUAACUUCCUGUUACAUAUGCGAAUUCCAUAAGGAAAAGAAGCUUCGGGAGCCAUGACAGCGUUUCUCCCUUUAGCCACAGCCAACUUGUCCAUUGCUCACAUUGUUUUCAGGAAAAAAGUUACAUCUCAGCUGGAUAUCUGACUCAUGGUUAGUAAUGGGCCUAGAAACUAUAAACGGAACAAAGCUCUUAGUGCACAAAAACAUGAUAAGUACAUUUGGGGACAGUAUCCUACUGGCAAGUAACUGGAGUUUCACCAGGCGUGUAGCACGUGGGAUCAGUUUUCUAAAAAGGAAGAUGAUCUAAGAUGCAUAUUCAAUAGGCGUUCUCAUAAGCAGUGCUGAUUUUACAUGUUUUAAUUGCUGGUAGAUGUGUUUCCAGAAUGAGGAUGCCAUUUAGAGUGUUUAAAAAAAAAUGUCGGAUGAUGUGUAAAUGACCAAAUAAAUGAGAGAUGUGUGGGCUGAGUCUUGAGGGGUAAGAGUCUGCUAAAUAGUCCCAGCAGGGAGGAGUAUUUCUAAGAAGUGAGAAAUAUCUUCCAGUAUUGACAGCGCUAUGUGUGGUUCAGGCUAGGGCAGUGGAUUCACACACCACAGUGCUGGGAAAUAGGGAGAGGCUGACACGUGAGAAAGUGUUAACCACUAACGUCUCUUCCAGUUUAUUAUAUUACAAAUGGACAUUCAUGGAGCACUUGUGCCUCAAGAUUAAUGCUGAUAAGUAUUACCUACAUUUUACAGAAAAGGAAAUUGAGGCUUAGGGAGCUCUAUUAACUUGUCAUGUAAUUAUUAGAAGGUAAAUUAGAAUUUGAACUCAGUUUGACUCCAGAGCCCACAUUCUUAUACCUAUAUGUUUAAAGAAUUUUGGUCACCUCUGGUAAAUUCAGGCUACUAAGAUUGGUUUCUAUCAUGCAAACUAAAGCCUUUUUUUUUUUUUUUUUUUUUUUUUUUUUUUCUGAAACGGAGUCUCGCUCUGUCACCCAAAUUGGAGUGCAGGGGCGUGAUGUCAGCUCACUGCAACAUCCGUCUCCCGGGUUUUAGCGAUUCUUGUGCCUCAGCCACCCAAGUAGCUGGGAUUACAGUUGUGUGCCACUACACCUAGCUAAUUUUUGCAUUUUUAGUAGAGUCGGGGUUUCACCAUGUUGCCCAGGCUGGUCUUAAACGCCUGACCUCCAGUGAUCCACCUGCCUCCGUCUUCCAAAGUGCGGGGAUUACAAGCAUGAGCCACCACACCUGGCCGAAAAAGAAAGUCGUCAAAGGACAUUAUUAUAAUCCAUAGAAAAACAAUUUUGUCAUUUAGUAAUGACUGUUAAGGUAGCCUUGUUCCUGGAAUUGAAUCUCCCACAAUACCAAACCUAGUACUUCCUGUUCAAGUAAUUACUCUGGAAUAAGUGAAUUGUGCCCGGUGAAAAUUAUUAGACGUAGUUGGUGGAACCAAUAAGCUAAUUUUUUUUUUUUUUUUUUGGAGACAGAGUCUGGCUCUUUUGCCCAGGCUGGAGUGCAGUGGCACGAUCUCAGCUCACUGCAACCUCCACCUCCCGGGUUCAAGCGAUUCUCCUGCUUCAGUCUCCCAAACAGCUGGGAUUACAGGCACCUGCCACCACGCCCAGAAUACACGUUGUGGAAAAAGGAUGAAGUUGACCAGUGAAAAGUUGCCCAAGAACCCCUUUUAUGCCUCUGUAUCUCCGUAUGCUGCUAAAAACCAACAAUUCUUCCAGUGGAAAAAGGAAAAGACUGAUCAUGACACCCACGCUGGUUUGGUGGAUAAGGCAUUGCCCCUCUUGAAGGAAAGAAUACGAAAAGGGGACCCUCUGGCAUAUUUCCUACGAGGUCAACUCUAUUUUGAAGAGGGAUGGUAUGAAAAAGCAUUAGAACAGUUUGAAGAAAUCAAGGAGAAAGACCAUCAAGCAACUUACCAGCUAGGAGUGAUGUAUUAUGACGGGCUUGGGACCACUCCAGAUGCUGAGAAAGGGGUGGAGUAUAUGAGGAAAAUUAUUGAUUCUCCAUGUCCCAAUGCAAGGCACUUAAAGUUUGCAGCUGCUUACAACCUCGGAAGAGCUUAUUAUGAAGGAAAAGGCGUUAAACAAUCAAAUGAGGAAGCUGAAAGACUGUGGCUUAUUGCAGCAGACAAUGGAAAUCCCAGAGCCAGCGUGAAGGCGCAAGGCAUCCUCGGGCUGUAUUACUCAACCGAGGAGCCCAGAGAGUUAGAAAAGGCAUUUUACUGGCAUUCAGAGGCAUGUGGCAAUGGAAACCUGGAGUCCCAGGGUGCGCUUGGUCUCAUGUAUUUGUAUGGACAAGGCAUCCGCCAGGAUACUGAAGCUGCCCUGCACUGCUUGAGAGAAGCAGCGGAGCGGGGAAAUGUCUAUGCUCAAGGGAAUCUCGUGGAGUAUUACUACAAGAUGAAGUUUUUUACCAAGUGUGUUGCAUUUUCCAAAAGGAUUGCCGAUUAUGAUGAGGUUCACGACAUCCCCAUGAUCGCCCAGGUCACAGAGUGUCUCCCAGAGUUCAUCAUCAGAGGCAUGGCGAUGGCAUCCUUCUACCACGCAAGGUGUCUUCAGCUUGGCUUGGGCAUCACCAGGGACGAAGCGACAGCUAAACACUAUUAUUCUAAAGUAAGCUUUGGAACAAAACAUAAACUGACCCAAAGAGAAACUGCCAGGCUUGUAGCUGCAGCUUGGAUGAUUUUAUGGAUUAGUGGUUUCUUGCCACUCAAUUACUGGGCAGAUAACCUCUGUCUACAGAGAGGCUGUCAGACGUGCAGAUUGUUUGCAGACAAUUCUGUCAGAUUCUUAUUAGCAUAAUUUAGCUCAAAUGAUUAAAAGUCCUAUUUUGAUGCAAAUUACUUUCAUUCUGCGUCGGUCUGCAGCCUAAGGCCCAGCAGCAAGGCCUUAAAGCAGAACGGUUCAUGUCUUUCAUCUAGAAAAAGUGUGAACCUGUGUGUUCAUUCUAGUAUGCAAUGAAAUAUCAAGCUUUUUGGGGCAUGACAUCUACCACACUUAGGAGGGAUAUUCUUGAGUUUGAGGUAAUCAGUUAAAAUAAGCUUUUCAUAUUUUAAUCCAUGUGGCCAAUUUAUUUAGAUCCCAAAUGCAUUUCAGGUUUAAAAUAGAGUACUAAAAAGCAAGGGGUGUGGCAGUGGAGGGGUAAGGGGGAUCGUUAUGAAUACUAACUCUGAGUUUUAAAAAGCUGUGCACAUCUUAGGUCCAUCACAUCCAUGAGUCCCAACUAGAAUUGCAUCAUGACAGACUUUGUAAAGCAAUGGUGUAGUACACAGACUGUUCAGCUUGCGUGGGGGAAUGAUGGAGGGAACAGUCUUUUGAGUCCCGUGGCUGACUCUGAGAUCACAGCAGUGGUUCCCAAGCUUCUCUGCAUGUUAAAAUCACCUGAGGAUCUUUUACCAAUUCCAAAGUUCAGGCCUUAUUUCAGAAAAUUUCAGUCAUGGUCUCUAGGAGACAGAGCUUAUUUGUUGAAGCUCCCCAUGGGAUUCCAAUGUUAGGUAAGUUUGGGAACCCUAAAUUACUUUGUUUAAAAUUAAAACUUCCAGAGCAUCAAAGUCAUAUUAACACAUAAACACAGCACACAGCCAAAUGCAACUGAUCUUUGAGGUACCUACCGCUACACCAUUCCUAGUAUAAAUAGUUGUCUAACUUUUUUCAUUUAAAUGCUCUCUGUACUGGCUGGGUGCAGUGGCUCAUGCCUGUAAUCCCAACACUUUGGGAGACUGAGGCGGGCAGAUCACUUGAGGUCAGGAGUUUGAGACCAGCCUGGCCAAUAGAGUAGAGAUGGAGUUUCGCCACAAAUACAAACAUCAGUCAGGUGUGGUGGCGCGUGCCUGAAAUCCCUGCUACUCUGGAAGCUGAGGCAGGAGAACUGCUUGAACCUGGGAGACGGAGGUUCCAGUGAGCUGAGAUCAUGCCACUGCACUCCAGCCUGGUACUCCGUCUCAAAAAAUAAAAAGCUCUCUGUAUUACACCAAUUUCCAAGCGAAGCCAAUUUCAGGUUCUAUGCUAUGCUUAAUAUCCUUAGAAAAUUCUAGUCAAUGAGACUUAGGAAUUCUCUUAAAAAAAAAAAAAAGAAAACUUUAGUCAAACAUAUUCUGAAAUGUGGUAUAUAUUCAUCCUGAAUAAAACAGUAAACCAAGGCUGGGCGCGGUGCCUCACGCCUGUAAUCCCAGCACUGAGGGAGGCUGAGGUGGGAGGAUCACCUGAAGCCAGAAGUUUGAGACCAACCUGGCCAACAUGGCAAAACCCCGUCUCUACUAUAAAUACAAAAUUAGCCCAUGGUGGUGGCACAUGCCUGUAGUCCCAGCUACUUGGAAGGCUGAGGCAAGAGAAUGGCUGAACCUGCAAGGAGGAGGUUGCAGUGAGCUGAGGUUGGGCCACUGCACUCCAUCCUGAGUGACAGAGCGAGACUCCAUCUCAAAAAAAAGGAUUGCAAUCUGAGAACGAUUUUCCAUACGAUGGGAGAAAACAGCCCCAUGACUCUGCAUUAAAAAGACCACAUCUAGAAUACUCCCAGUUUGGGCCAUUGUACAUUACGAGGAUACUGAUAACAUGGAGAUCAUUUUGAGGAAGUAAACUAGUGAAGGGUCUGGAAUGAUGUCAUCUGAGGGAGACUGCCUCCCUCAGAGCCAAAGGAAAGGAGGGGUCCUGACUGUGGCCUUCACCAGACCGGCAGUGUCCCAUAGGAAGGGAAUGGGUGGGGAGUGAGCAGAAUCAGAGCCCACGGCAGGCAGUGUGUUACAGCAGAAGGCAAGGCAGUAAGAUGACCCGGAGGUGGCAGACCCAGGCCUGCUCUCAACUCUGCCACUGUCAGGCGGGACGACUCCAACUUCCUGGAGUCUUAGGUUCUGUGAAACAAUCAUUAUGUAUUCUGUUAGGACCUUUCAAUGACUCUAGAGUACAUGGAUAGAAAUAUCAGCUUAAAAUUUCAAGAAGAGACAACAGUUGAGGAAACAAAAACACAAGUUUCUCUAAAGGUGGUAACUUCCUGUUGCUGGAAGCAACCAGGCAAAUACCUAGUGACCAAUUGUCACGGUACUGAAGGGACACUUUCUGCACAGAGUGGGCUUUGGAUGAGAGAGCUCUCUCCCUAAUUCUUGACAUUCUAGAAAUUAUGCACCUUGUCACUAUUGAGAUACAAUAAAACUAUUUUAGGUAUAUAUUUUAAAAUUCACAUAAUGAGAUCAACUCUGAGGCCAAAUGUUAAUGCUUUCCAUUUUACUGACUAAUAAUUCAUAAAAUAAAAUGCUAUCGCCGGUGCCUAAGUUCCCUUUAUUCUGGGCACUGAUAAAAUGUUCUGUCUUUCAAAUGAUAAGAACAUGGUUGUUUUGGCCGGGCAUGGUGGCUCACGCCUGUAAUCCCGGCACUUUGGGAGGCCGAGGCAGGUGGAUCACGAGGUCAAGAGAUCGAGACCAUCCUGGUCAACAUGGUGAAACCCCGUCUCUACUAAAAAUACAAAAAAUCAGCUGGGCAUGGUGGCGCGUGCCUGUAAUCCCAGCUACUCAGGAGGCUGAGGCAGGAGAAUUGCCUGAACCCAGGAGGUGGAGGUUGCGGUGAGCCGAGAUCGCGCCAUUGCACUCCAGCCU